AUGCCUACUGAUAAUUCGACACCUCCAAUUCAGAAAGAUGUAGUGGAUGAAAAUGAAGGUGAGGAUAGCUCAGAAACUAAAAUUGAGCACGAAAAAGUAGAUGAAGCAGAGAAGCACAAGGAGAAGAACCUUGAGGUAACAAUUCCUUUCACGGAUUUAAUUUCUCAAGUACGUGUGUAUGCCAAGUUUUUGAAAGAUAUGGUUACGAAGAAGAAUGAUUUCAGUGGCAUAAAUAGAGUUGCUCUAACUGGAGAGUGCAGUGCUAUUCUACAAAAUAAAAUUCCCUCAAAACUAAAUGAUCCUGGUAGCUUUUCCAUCCCUUGUCAUGUCGGUGCAUUGUUUAUAGAUAAGGCUUUAUGUGAUCUAGGUGCUAGUGUAUCUGUUAUGUCUUUAUCUAUAUGUAAUAAGCCAAACUUGGGAGUUUUAAAGUGCACACAGAUUACUUUGCAGAUGACACAUCAUUUUGUGAAAUAUCCUUUGGGUAUUUUAGAGGAUGUACCUCUCAGGGUUGAAAAAUUCUACAUUCCUGUGGAUUUUGUAGUACUUGAUAUGGAAGAAGAUAGUCAAAUUUCCAUUAUUUUGUGUAGACCUUUCUUGUGUACUGCAGGUGCUGUUAUUGAUGUAAAAUAUGCCUCUCUGACUUUAUGUGUUGGUGAUGAUACUGUUAAUUUUAAGCUAACCAAUGUUAUUAAGUCUGCUACGGUUGAGCACACAUGUUGCAGGAUUAAUGUACUGGAUAAGAUUUCUGGUGGUUUUCAACAAUUUCUGUCAGAUGAUUUCUCGGAGACAACUCUUGAUUUGGACGACCUUGACAAUGUUGAGGUAGAAGACUAUAAGGUAAUGAAGACUAUUUACCCUACUCACGAGCCAUAUGUAAAGAAGUUAAGACUUAAGCCUUUACCUUCUCACCUCAAAUAUGCAUUUCUUGAUGAUAAUGAGGAAUGCCCUGUGAUUGUCAGUACUAAACUCACAACUAGCCAGCUUUCGCAACUUCAUAUAGUGCGUCGCAUGCACAAAAAAGCUAUUGAGUGUAAUAUUGAUGAUCUGAAUGUCAAGGGAGUGAGGAGUUUUUUAGGUCACGUGGGGUUCCAUCGCAGAUUUAUAAAUGACUUUUCAAAAAUUGCGAAACCCCUUACUCAAUUGUUGCUCAAGGAUGUCACUUUUGAUUUGACUGAUGCUUAUGUGGAGUCCUUUGACAAGAUUAAGGAAGCAUUUGUCACUACCCCUAUCAUACAACCUCCAUAUCGGAGUCUUCCCUUCGAGAUCAUGUGUGUUGCUAGUGAUUAUGCAGUUGGUGUUGUGCUUGGCCAAUAG